CUACAAUAUCAUGUUCCUAGUUCUAGAUAGAUUUCUCAUAAUCUCUAUUGUGUUUUCAACUCAUGUUAUCAUAACAACAAAUGAAUCUAAACAUACUUUCAAUUUGUUUAAUAAAAUUAUCAUGAGAAGUUGUUGAAAAUCGAAUGCAUUCACAACUAUUAUACUGUAACAUUAUAGUCCCAUAAUAUCGCUACAUUCAGGGGGCUGCAAGUGAGUCGAGCUAACUUUUGACCUCAAUUGGGCUCAAUUCGCUAACAAAAAUGAGUUGUGCUCGGCUUUUUUUUUACUAACACCUUGAUUUGUGUUUGACUCGAACUCAGCUAAUUAGUGAGGUCAUGAGCUCUACUUGAGUUGGGUCAUACUGUUGAGCAAGCUCAUAGCUCAAAACGAGCUAACUCACCAGUUGACCACAAACAAGCCACCGAAUCUAACCGACGCACGAGCUCUACACGCCGAACAAGAUAUAGUUCACACUCGAUGCGUUAGUAAACAAGUCGAGUUUCAAACGAGUUUUUUUCGAGACGAAUAUCGAACCACGAUCGACUCUAUAUUCCCAAUUUCCUUGUCAUAAAUUUUGGCAAGUAGCCCAUGGGGAUGAGAUUACCAUGCGAGAAUGGAGAGAGAGAAAGGGUAGAGAACGUGGAGCGCCGGAGGAGAGAGAAAGAACGAAAGAAAGAGAAAGAGGCGUAGGAUUGGAGAGGGACCCUUCCACCGCCCAUAAGGUCAUAAGCACGCAGACUCCCUCCCUCUUCCUUUUCUUUUUUUCCCCCUAACCAAAAACCCGAACCCAUAAGAUUUCGAUCCAACCCUAAAAACCUCCUCCUUCCAUCCACCAACCCCAAAACCAUUCCCAACCCAUAAAAAAAAAAAACUCCUCCCCGUCUCUUUCCCCUUUUCCUCCAAAGCUUUCUCCUCCUCCUCCUUCUACUUCUCUCUGAACUCUCACCAACACAUCUCUCUCACUCUGAAAGCAUGAUUUCAUAAUCCCCCUCCCACCAGCAAAACCUCUACUCCAUAGCUCCCCUCUUCUUCUAGCUAGCUAGCUACACCAAACCCCAACUUCAAUCCCCGAUCAUCCAACUUCAGCUCAUAAUUUCCCGCUCCAGAACCUCUCUCAGCUCAAGAUCCAACCCACCCAAUUCAAUCAGAUGCUCCUCCUCCUCCUCCCUUACUUUCCCAUUCCCACCCCCAAAGAACAGCUCUCUCUCUAAUUAGCUUACACCAAACCCAAAUCGGUAAUUUCCUUCCCAACUCAAAAAAUAAAAAAGAGAAAACAGAAAAGACACAGGGCGAAGAAUGGAUCCGGUAACGGCCCACGGCCAUUCCCUGCCACCGCCGUUCCACACCCGAGACUUCCAGCUCCACCACCAAUUCUCCCAACAGCACCUCCACCAACAACAACAACAGCAGCAACAACACCAACACCAGCAGCAGCAGCAGCAGAAUUCGGAGGACGAGCAGAGCGGCAGCAGCAGCGGCCUCCACAACAAAUCCUCCCACAAGCGUGAACGUGACGACAACUCCAACAACUCAAACCCCAACGACUCCAGCAAGGAUCUCAUGGCCUCCGCCGCCGCCGGAGAAGGCGAGAUCACCCGCCGCCCCCGCGGCCGCCCCGCCGGCUCCAAGAACAAGCCCAAGCCGCCCAUCAUCAUCACCCGCGACAGCGCCAACGCCCUCCGGACCCACCUCAUGGAGGUCGCCGACGGCUGCGACAUCGUCGAGUCCGUCGCCACCUUCGCCCGCCGCCGCCAGAGAGGUGUCUGCAUCAUGAGCGGGACCGGCACCGUCACCAACGUCACCCUCCGCCAGCCGGCCUCCCCGGGGGCCGUCGUCACCCUCCACGGCCGCUUCGAGAUCCUCUCCCUCGCCGGCUCGUUCCUCCCGCCGCCGGCUCCGCCCGCGGCGACGGGGCUGACGAUCUACCUCGCCGGAGGGCAGGGGCAGGUUGUCGGAGGAAGCGUGGUGGGGACGCUGACCGCCUCGGGACCCGUGGUGAUCAUGGCGGCGUCGUUUAGCAAUGCCGCGUACGAGCGGCUGCCGCUCGAGGACGAGGACCCGCAGAUGGCGGGGCAGGCUGGCCCGAUUGGGUCGCCCGGCGGCGGCGGUGUGGGGUCCGCCGGUCCGCCACCUCAGCACCAGCAGCAACAACAGCAGCAGCAGCAACAGCAGGUUUUGGGUGGUGGCGGGUCGGGCGGCGACCCGAGUGGGGCUCCGUUGUUUCACGGGUUGCCGCCGAAUCUGCUCAAUUCGAUUCAAUUGCCCGCCGACGCGUACUGGGGCGGCAACGGUGGUGGCGGCGGCGGCGGGGGACGGCCUCCUUACUGAUCGGGGGGAAGGCAAAUUUCUUAAAACGCUCUCGUACUCUCGUUCCUGCUCGCGCCGUGAGGUUAUGUAGAUCGGUCAACCAUCAUCAUCAGGGUGAGGAGUGGCUGACUUGAAAGAGAAGAUUUGAGGUGAUGAGGAUGAAACGAAAAGGGGGAAAAAAAGGUUUCUUAAUGUAGCUAAUUUAAGUAGCAUUUUCCUCUUCUCUCCUUCUCUUAAUUUGCUCACUUGUUGUGGUAGAAGAAGAGGGAUUUUAAUCGUUUUUCUUAUCUUUUCUGGGGUUUUUUUUUUGUUUUGAUUUUGGAGGAUUCAUCAAUUAGUUUCCCAUUUCCCUAAACUUCUGCUAAUUUUUCUCUGUUGAUUGUUCUGACGAUGAUGAUCAUGAAGGGGUGGUGGUGGUGUUGUGUUUUUUUACUUAUAAUGUGCUCUCUUAAUUAAUUAGCUUGUUCAUGCUUCUUCUUCUACUACUACAAUGUGCAUUGUCAUUUUGAUUUGCUGAUGGCUCCUGAUUUCUUGUUGUCGUUGUACUUGUGUUUUGUUGACGAUUGUUAGGAAGAACUAGCGUAAAUGCCUGCUGCUCACAAGCCUCUCGAUAGCUCUUUCGAUCUAAGUUUGGUGUUGAUCUCGAUAGCUCUAUCGAUCUAAGUUUAGUAUCAUUAUGUUAUUUAUGGUUAUAGAUAGAUAGAUCUCGUUAACUAUCAGUUCAUGUAGUAGUACUAUAAGUUAGUUAAUUAGUCUCUUCUUCCUAUCUUCCCCAUCUAUGAGAAACCAAAGAACAUGAAAGCCAAUGAUAUAGUUUAUUAAACUUAGGAUCAGUGUAUCAUUGUUGUUAGUCACAUGAAUGGGUAAUUCGAAAUCAUUUCCCAUAUGUAGUCACUAAGCUAGAGCUCUAGCCAUCCAAGUAGUUUGAUAUUAAUAACAGACUAACGCCUCUUAGGAAACAUCGAUACUAAUUUUUACGUUUACUGAUGCAUUGAAUUGAAUUGAAUUGUCGCUAUGCAUAAUUAUGCCAUUCAUUUUUUCCGCGAUUUUCGAUCUCAGCAGCAUGUCGGUUGUAACUUCCCCGCGAGCACGGUCUUUUAAGUAAUGGUAUGACCUUCAUUUCAGACCAUGAGAUGUAAGGUAGCUAGGAAAGCAAAAACACAUGGGGAUGAUGAGUUGGAUGGAUGGGUGGUGUAUUGAACCUUAAUUUGUUUGGCCAGGAAGUUGGGACGAUGAAGUUUGCCCCACCUUUUUUUAAAUGGUUUCUUUCUUUAGUUUCUUGGGGUGAUGUAGAGGAAGGAAAUGGGGGGGAGGGUGGGUCGUGGGUCAGAGUGAUUGAACAUAAUUGGAGUGGGAGAAAGUUGAGGAAGAAGGUCAAAGGGGGGGAUUGGAUUGGGAAGGUUUCAAUAAAAGCUGGCCCAAACAAAAGGUGAGGGUUUCAAGGAAGGCAAAGAAGGUGGUGGUGGUGGUGGUAUGAGCAAUGAACCCAUUUACGAGGCUGAGGGAAAUGGCAAUGGAAGAGAAGAGAAGAGAAGGAGAGGAUUGAGGCCAGAGGAAGAGGAAACCAAAGGCAGGCAGGUUGAGCAUAAUAAAGCAUUGAGGUAUGG